AGCCACGAAUGCCCUGCAUACAUGGUUUGCCACGGGACUCUGGGACGCCUGGAAUAUGAGUGCGUCUGUAGGCCUGGCUUCACAGGUACUGAUUGUAACGUUGAUGUUAAUGAGUGUGAGAGCAACCCUUGUAAAGAUCCUCGUUUUGAAUGUGUAGAUAGUGUAAAUGGAUACACCUGUAAAUGUCAAACAGGACUGAAUGGAGAAGGCUGCCAAACAGAAAGCUCUGUAUGCUCUAGCCACCCCUGCCUAAAUAACGGGACCUGUGUCGAGGGUCCUGGCGACUAUUCCUGCAUCUGCCAGCCUGGCUUCAGCGGGGCCCUCUGCAGAGACAACAUUGAUGAGUGCGCGUCCAGCCCGUGCCAGAACGGAGCCAUCUGCCGAGACAGGGUGAAUGAGUAUAGCUGUUUCUGUGUGCCGGGGUUCCAAGGAUACAACUGUGAAAUAGACAUCAACGAGUGCGCGUCCCGGCCCUGUAAAAACAAUGGCACCUGCCUGAAUGAGAUGGAUCACUAUUUGUGCCAGUGCGUCCCCGGCUACACAGGUGUAAACUGUGAUGCUGAAAUAGAUGAAUGUGAGUCAGAGCCUUGCCAGAAUGGGGCCUUGUGCAGUGAUCAUGUUGGGUUCUACAGCUGCGCCUGUGCAGCAGGUUACCAAGGAGUGCAGUGCGAGGAGGACAUCGACGAAUGUGCGAGCCAGCCCUGCGAGCACAACGGGACCUGUCACGACCUUAUUAACAGCUACCGUUGUGACUGCAGUGACACAGGCUUCGAAGGGGACCACUGUGAGGUGGAUAUUCUGGAGUGUGCCUCUGAACCCUGCCUGAACAGUGCCAGGUGUGUGGAGGGGAUCAAGAACUACAGCUGUAUCUGCUGGCCAGGUUACACGGGGCAGCGCUGCGAGGAGGAUGUGGACGAGUGUGCUGCAGGUCCCUGUCACAACGGAGGGGUGUGCUAUGAGCGGUCCAACCAAGCCUAUUACGGAACACGGCCUGACUUCCCCAGUGAUUUCAGCUACAGCCAAGCAGCUGGUUUCCUUUGCUGGUGCCAGCCAGGCUUUGCAGGGGACACCUGCUCUACUAACAUUGAUGAAUGUGAAUCCCAGCCGUGUCAAAAUGGAGGGCACUGUGUGGACCUUAUUAAUGGCUUCCUUUGCCACUGCCCACCUGGAUAUUCAGGUGUGGAAUGUGCUGUUAACAUCAAUGAGUGUGAGGAGGGUCCCUGCAAGAAUGGAGCUGUCUGUGAGGAUGGCAUUGCUGACUAUACCUGCCACUGUGCCCCUAGCCAGGAUGGCAUUAUAUGGGGAGGGAAGAACUGCUCUGUGAAGCUCACUGGGUGCCAGACGCAUGACUGUCAAAAUGAGGCCUUGUGCAUCCCAACCUACCUAGCUGAGAGCCAUGGCCACCUGUGCCAGUGCCAGCCUGGUUUCUAUGAUGCCACAUGCUCCACACCAACAACGUUUUCCUUUGCUUCCAGAGGGUAUCUCCUCAUUGAGCUGCCCAUGAACAAUGAGAGCAGGAGGGACGUAGCAGGGGAUCAGCUGGCCAGCGUGUCCCUCCGGUUCCGAACCACCUUGUCCAGCGUCAUCCUUUUUUACCGAGGCCAUGAAGCUGAGUACUUGUUCCUGGAGCUCUUUGAUGGCGUUCUGCAUGCAGGCCUGAAGAGGGAGGAUGUUGAGUCCCUGUUGGUCCUGGAAGGGCUGCGAGUUGAUGAUGGCCACUGGCACAAAGUUGAAGUUCUUCUGCAAAGCACUGUGCAGCUAAAGCUCUGGCAUGACUCUUGUGACGCAGGUGUCUGCCUGCAGAGCACUCCCGUCGGGAACAGCACUGCUUGGAGCCCACAUGCCUUCCAGAACGUGUACGUCGGAGGCGCUCCCGAUCCCAUGGCCAGCAACACGCGGAGCCGGCAGGGCUUUGUCGGCUGCCUGCAGGACCUGCGGGCGGAUCGGGAAGCUUUGCUCCCGCAGCAUCUCCCUGUGGGCCAGUCGGCCCCGCUGGCUCUGGGGUGUGACAGGACAGAGUGGUGCCUCUCACAGCCUUGCUCUCAUGGAGGGCUCUGCGUGGACCUCUGGGCAUCCUUCCGCUGCGACUGCUCGAGGCCGUACGGAGGCCCAACUUGCUCCUAUGAGCGCCCAGCAGCAACAUUUGGCCUGGAGAAUUCCACCAGCUUUGCCUCUUUUGCCCUUUCUGACAGCCUUGGUGCAAAUUUCAACAUCUCCUUUUUCAUUCGUAGUCUGAAACCUAAUGGUCUGCUUUUACAAAUCAGCAACGAAACCGGCCCCUGCCUCACCAUGUACUUGAAGAACAGCAAGCUGAAGAUUGAGAUGUCUGCAGAUACUGUGACCUUUCCAAAAAACGUAGUUGAUGGGAGAAGACACUUGGUAGCUCUGUCUUUCCAAGACGGAGUGGUUCGUGCCCAUCAGUCAGAGGGAGAUGUGGAGCUAGGGCAGCUUGUAGCUAGACCUCUUCUAGCUGGCUAUGAGGUGCAUGUUGGUGGACAUCCUAACCCAGACAGCACUGCUGACUGGGGAGGAUAUUUUAAAGGCUGUUUGCAAGAUGUGCAGCUAAACAACCUUGAAGUACAGUUUUUUCAGGCUGAGAACUACAGUCUGCCACAGGACCUGAAUAGAGCUCAAAACACCAGUCUUGUGAAUGGCUGCAUCUCUGAUGACACCUGUAAGUCUGAGCCAUGCCAGAAUGGGGGCAGAUGCAUCGUCACUUGGAAUGAUUUUCAUUGCAGCUGUCCAGCAAAUUUCACUGGGAAAUUCUGUGAAGAGAGAGUGUGGUGUGAAAGUGACCCAUGCCCCGAAGCUACCACCUGCGUCGACGUUCCAGCGGGAUAUGUGUGUCUGGCUAAUGCAACAUUUAAUAGUUACGCUGCCGUUGAAUUUACCACCAACACAUCAGUGACGAGAACUCUGAGCAGCCUCCACCUGGAUUUCAGAACGAGGGAUGAAGAUGCUGUUUUGCUGUGGGCUGUGGAAGAAGUGGAUUCCCUCCAGAUAGCCAUUAGGAACGCCUCCCUGGCUGUCAAUAUCAGAAGUGGGAAUAGCAUUGAAGGGGUCAGCUUCCUGAGCCAGAUCCUGGUCACAGACGGUGCCUGGCACACGAUCUCCGUGUCCAUGGAAGAGCCAACUGCACUGUCUUCCAGAUGGCUGCUUUGUCUGGACGGGUCUGUUAAUAUGACCCUGCAGGGAAAUGCUGGGAACUUGGACUUCCUAAAAAACAAUGCGCCAAUAGUUCUAGCUGAAAAUUACACGGGCUGCCUCGGACAAGUGACGAUAGGGGGCAUCUCCCUCCCGCUCGGCGAGGCCAACAUCGACGAGUGCCAGUCGAGCCCGUGCGUUCAUGGGGACUGUGUGGACGCAGUGGCCGAUUUCCAGUGUGAAUGUUUCCGGGGAUACAUUGGGAAGAAGUGUGACAUCAACGUGGAUGACUGUGUGCGGCACCAGUGCCUAAAUGGAGCUACCUGCAUUGAUGGGGUUUAUGGCUAUUCCUGCAAGUGCCCGGCCCAGUAUUCAGGCCCUCGCUGCGAAUGGCCGUUCCCACCCCAGCAAUGUGGCAAGAACUUCACCUGUCUGAAUGGUGGUAAAUGCGUCAGCGAGACCUGGGGAGCCAACUGCAGUUGCAGGCCAGGGUUCACUGGAAGGAAUUGUCAAAUUAACAUAAAUGAGUGUGAUCCAAACCCUUGCCAGAACGGAGGUACGUGUCAAGACUCUGUGAACAAAUACGAGUGUGUGUGCAGUGCCAGCUACACGGGAGACCGCUGUGACCGCGCUAGGAAGCACAGGCAUCUGAAGUUAUCCACUCUGGUUUCACAAAGCAUCGGGGCUGCAGGGACUGCCCGGCUCCGUGCAGCCGUCGCAGCCCUCGCGAUUGUCAUGAAGAGACGCAGAGCAACUCAGGGAACCUACAGCCCGAGCCGGCAGGAGAAGGAGGGGGCGCGCGUGGAAAUGUGGAACGUUAUCAAGAUGCCACCAACAGAGCGGCUCAUCUAGGACCCGG